AUGCUCAGUUUCGUCAAAGUCUUCAUCUUUCUAAUGCUUAGCCCAUUUAUUACUUUAGGCCUCUGUGCCACCUAUUCCCUUGCGCAUAUCAAUAUUAACUAUCCGCUGGGUCAAUGGGACUUCACAGAGGCCCAGCAGGAAAAUGGUAGCUUUUGCGGUGGUGGUGUCUCGACAGAACCAAGUCCAUGGCUAGCCCAAAAUCCUUUCAUCUCCUUAUCAGGUGAUGCGGGCGAAUUCGUCGCCAUUCGCUUUGCCUAUUCCAAUAGCAACACGAAUGGUUCGGAUCAAUUUGUGAGCACCAUAAAUGAUGCAGGGGACUUCAAUACAACUUUGGUCGCAAAUGCUACGAUUCCCGACUCUGGUAAUCUAUGUGUGAACGCCACGCUGCCACCUCUGGCAAUUGGAGGUAUAGGGAUCAUCUAUGUCGCAGCCAUUAAUCCGGAGACUGGGGCGAAUGGAUCCUCUUGUGCGACGAUCGAGUACAUUCCCGAGUCGGUAGAAGGCCAAACCAACACUGCUCCGGGGAAUGCUCGGAGGAAGAGAUCGACGCAGCCAGGGACCAGUGCACCGCAGAAUACGAGUCCAGUAACCCAGAUGCUCAAUGCGAUUGUCAUUGCCAUGGCUCAGAAGGUACUAAUUAGUCAAUCGUCUCUUCUGGUCUUGACUGUCAAACAUGCUAAUCUGGAAAAUCUCUAG